AUGCGCUGGUUAGUUUUCAUUUUCAGCUUCGUUUUCCGAUCCAUUUUCCGAACCAUCAUGGGCUGCCUUUUCACUUGCUUCAGAGUCCGCGAUAACAAACGCAACCUCCCCAAAACCUCCGACACCGCCGUCGCUGUUCCUUCUCGUCACAACAAAGCUAAUGAUGAUGUGGUGUCUCGGAAUCGUUUGUCUACAUUGUUUCUAUCUGAUGGGGGAGAAGACAUUGUGCACCGAAAUGGGAAGGUUUUUGACGAGGGAUCUCAGGGAGAUAACAUGGAGCUUAAAGAUGAGGCCAAGUUUCUAAAAGCAUGUGGUACCAUAGUAAGUACCCCUGAUGAAAUUCGGAAAACAUCGGGGAAACUAAAAGUUUCACCUUCUUGUAGUAAUGAUUCUGGUCCUCCAAAAUUCCGUUCUUGGCUUCUUGAUACAUCUGCUCAGAAUGUUCCAAUUGACGCUCAACCACUCAAUCCGCCAACUCCGAACAAACAGUGCGAAGAAUCGGAAAAAAGAACAGAUUAUUCAGACCUCACGCCAAGCAGCUGUAUCUCCACUGCACACAAUACUCAAUGUGAUUAUCAAGACUCUACGGAAGGAAGUGGGAGAGGGAGCUGCCAUCCUACCGAUGGAACUGAAGUGAAUAAGGGGAGGAACAAGUCAGUGCGUUUUGAGUGUGAAACUGAUAUUUCUUCCUGUGAGUCAGUGGCGUAUGGUGGAUGGCAUAGGAAGAAAACAGAGUCACCAAGUCCUACCCCAACAAAACUAUCUGAAGGGAUGCAAACUCCUGGAAUUGUUUACCCUGCAAAUUUAAAAGACUUUUCAAAUGAUAAGCUAGUUAAGUCCCAAUUUGUGUAUCCAAAUAGCAGUGUCGGUGAGGAUGCCUUUAAGAACAAGAUACUUGAGGAAGAGGAUUAUGCUUCUGUGCAAGAUUCAAGGAAGCAGAGCGAAUCAAUUGAGCAGUCUCAUAAUACAACUUCUACACCACGUAAAAAUGAAUCUCCAGUGGAAGAAAGCUUGUCUUCUUGGUUAAAGCCCGCAUCUGUCAUUUUGGAGGAAAGAAGAAAGAAAAUGGAGAUGGCUCAGAUCCGCAAAACUCCUGCUGACAGGCCCAUCAUUGGGAUGGUUGCUGCACAUUGGCAUGAAGAAGAAAAUUCUGAUGCUCCUCCUCCAAAAUGGUGGGAUGGCAAUGGAAUUCCAAAUUUAACUAAUAAAUACAAAGAAGACCAGAAAGUGAGCUGGCAUGCUACGCCUUUUGAAGAAAGGUUGGAGAAAGCAUUAUCAGAGGAUCCCGUCAUCUCUAAAAGGAAAGAUAUUUGCGGAAAACCAAUUGCUUUUGAUGAGAAUGAAGAAAGUGACACUGCACUGUCUCAGAUGAAAUCUUCAACUCAUCCACAAUCUGUGGUGUCAUUUUGA